AUGGAGAGCAUGUGCUUGCAGCGUAUGCAUCCGUGGCUUGCGAGAAAUUUCAGUUGCGCGGUGGUAAGAUACAAUUGUUACAAAGAGGGCGUAACAAAGAUCAUAUUCAUGCAUUGCUCAGCGUUUACGAUGCCCCCGAUCAUCCGCGAGUUCUCAUCGGUAAUGGGCGUCGAGAUAUUUAACUCAACACUCGUGGAAUGGGGAGAAGACGCUGCAGCUCCUCUACCCGAACAAUUGUCGGAUCUGGAAUUUAUUCAUACCAAUCUCACAGCAAUUCCAGACUCCGUUGUAGAACCCUGGAAGGGCAUUGAGAUUGUUUACAUUGAGCACUCGCAGCUGAACUCGUUCCCGACUGCACUCAUGCAACUCCCAGUCUUGAGUGAGCUCUCGCUUAUCGACAACAAGAUCGCGACAAUACCCGACAACGCCAUCCUGAACGCAGCGUCAACUUAUUUCUACAACUUGGCCUUGUCAAAAAAUCCGUUGAGGGAACCACCUCAAGCUCGAAGCGACAACUUCGACGUCUCGUACUUGGCGCUGGAGUUCACUUUGUUAACAGAGACACCGGAGUGGAUCAACACUAACGUUUGGGACGCUGUGUCUUUGGGAGACAAGAGCUCUUGGGAUCCACUAGGAGACGAGCGCUACCCCACAAAGCUCAUGAUGCCGUUUCGAUCACUGGACGCCUAG